AUGUGCAGCACCUCAGGCUGCUGCCGCGCAACCGGGACGCUAUCUCCGCGGGCCCUGAUCCCGGGCCAGAGGUCCCGGCGCCCUGCGCACACGUGGACGCCGCCGAGCAUAUACAGCAGUGACGAGGAUGAAGAAGACAUUGAGAUGUGUGAUCAUGACUAUGACGGGCUGCUUCCCAAGUCUGGAAAGCGUCAUUUGGGGAAAACGAGGUGGACCAGGGAAGAGGAUGAAAAACUGAAAAAGCUCGUGGAACAGAAUGGAACGGAUGACUGGAAAAUUAUUGCCAAUUAUCUCCCGAAUCGAACAGAUGUACAGUGCCAGCACCGGUGGCAGAAAGUACUAAACCCUGAGCUCAUCAAGGGCCCGUGGACCAAAGAAGAAGACCAGAGAGUGAUAGAGCUUGUACAGAAAUACGGUCCGAAACGUUGGUCUGUUAUUGCCAAGCACUUAAAGGGGAGAAUUGGAAAACAAUGUAGGGAGAGGUGGCAUAACCACUUGAAUCCAGAAGUUAAGAAAACCUCCUGGACAGAAGAGGAAGACAGAAUUAUUUACCAGGCACACAAGAGACUGGGGAACAGAUGGGCAGAAAUCGCAAAGCUACUGCCUGGACGAACUGAUAAUGCUAUCAAGAACCACUGGAAUUCUACCAUGCGACGGAAGGUCGAACAGGAAGGUUAUCUGCAGGACUCGUCCAAAGCCAGUCAGCCAACAGUAGCCACAAGUUUUCCGAAGAACAGUCAUUUGAUAGGUUUUCCUCACGCUCCACCUACUACUCAACUCCCUCCAACUGGCCAGCCCUCGGUUAACAAUGACUAUUCCUAUUACCACAUUUCUGACGCGCAAAAUAUCCCCGGUCAUGUUCCGUAUCCCGUAGCCUUACACGUGAAUAUAGUCAAUGUCCCUCAGCCCGCCGCUGCUGCCAUUCAGAGACACUAUAAUGAUGAAGACCCUGAGAAAGAAAAACGAAUAAAGGAAUUAGAGUUGCUCCUAAUGUCCACAGAGAAUGAGCUAAAAGGGCAGCAGGCACUUCCAACGCAGAACCAUACCUGCAGCUACCCUGGCUGGCACAGCACUGCCAUCGCCGCCACCGAGCCCAGCCGACCUCAUGGAGACAGCUCACCUGCUUCUUCCUUGGGAGAGCACCACUCCACUCCAUCCCUGCCAGUGGAUCCCGGCUCCCUCCCGGAAGAAAGCGCAUCUCCAGCCAGGUGCAUGAUCGUCCACCAAGGCACGAUUCUGGACAAUGUUAAGAACCUCUUAGAAUUUGCAGAAACACUCCAAUUUAUAGAUUCUUUCUUAAACACUUCCAGUAACCAUGACAACUUAGACCUGGAAAUGCCUUCUUUAACUUCACCUGCUCUCAGUGGUCACAAACUGACUGUUACAACACCAUUUCACAGAGAUCAGCCUGUGAAGACUCAAAAGGAAAAUACUAUUUUUAGAACUCCAGCUAUCAAAAGGUCAAUCCUAGAAAGUUCGCCGAGAACCCCUACACCGUUCAAGCAUGCGCUUGCAGCUCAAGAAAUGAAAUAUGGUCCGCUGAAGAUGCUACCUCAGACCCCGUCUCAUCUCGUGGAUGACAUACAGGAUGUGAUUAAACAGGAAUCUGAUGAAUCCGGAAUGGUUGCUGAAUUUCAAGAAAACGGGCAGCCUUUACUGAAGAAAAUCAAACAAGAGAAUAUCCUCACAAGUUCCGUUUUAAUGACGCCAGUAUCAGAAGAUGAAGACAAUGUUCUCAAAGCGUUUACAGCCCCUAAAAAUAGGUCCCUGGCAAGUCCCUUGCAGCCUUGUGGUGGUGCCUGGGAAUCUGCAUCCUGUGGGAAGACAGAGGAUCAGAUGACGGCUUCCAGUCAGGCUCGGAAAUACGUGAAUGCAUUCUCAGCUCGGACGCUGGUCAUGUGAGACAUUUCCAGACAAGCAUUAUGGUUUUCAGAACACUUCAAGUUGACUGGGGAGCUAC